AAGGGGAUUUAUGCAUCCACCUGCGCACCAACACUGUGGAAGUUAGCCGGAAAGAGGAGGACAACACUGCCACCACUACAGAAAAGCUGUCUCUUCUGCAGAAGCAUGCAGAGCAACAGCAGCUCCUCCGGAGCGCUGGCCGCUCUGUGCGGAGCAGAGAACGAGAUCGAGAUCUCCAAACUUGUGAGCCCAGCGGGAGCAGCCUCUAAUCUCGCAGUUUUUAACCUGUCGUUGAACUGCUGGCUCCACAUCCUCUCCAAGGAGUCCUCCCUGGACCUGCACGCAGACAGCGCAAACCUGGCAGUACGAGUUGUCAUCGCCUUGGUGUACCUGGUGGUGUGUGUCCUGGGGCUUGUGGGUAACCUCCUGGCUCUGUUCCUGCUCCACUCCCGCCGCUGGGGCCAACACCACUCUUCUAUCGACUGUUUCGUGAUGAGCCUGGCACUGACAGACCUCCAGUUCGUCCUCACCUUGCCCUUCUGGGCCAUAGACACGUUACUGGACUUCCGCUGGCCCUUUGGCCGGGUCAUGUGCAAGAUCGUGAGCUCGGUCACGACAAUGAACAUGUACGCCAGUGUCUUCUUCCUCACCACCAUGAGUGUGACCCGAUACCACACUUUGCUUACCUCUAUGAAGAUGAGCAGCCAUAGGGUCGCUAAUGCUCGUGCCAGAUGGGCCAGUUUAAUUAUUUGGAUGGUGUCACUGGUGGUUACACUGCCUCAUGCUCUCUACUCUACCACAGUCCAGGUGUCUACAGAUGACGAGCUGUGCUUAAUGCGCUUCUCUGACUCUGACUCAGGUCACUGGGAUCCUCAAGUCCUGCUUGGACUCUAUCAAACACAAAAAGUCCUCCUUGGAUUUGUAAUUCCCUUGAUCGUGAUCUCUGUCUGCUACCUCCUUCUCCUGAGGUUCAUCCUGAGCCGCAGAAUCGUAGGCAGCAUGGAGAGUGGGACUGUCCCAGAAAGGUCAGAGUGUGAAAGAGGACGCCACCGCCGCCGCUCCAAAGUCACCCGCUCCGUCACCAUUGUAGUUUUGUCCUUCUUCAGCUGCUGGCUGCCUAACCAGGCUCUCACUCUGUGGGGGGUGCUGAUCAAAUUUGACUUGGUGCCCUUCAGUAAAGCCUUCUACAACGUCCAGGCCUAUGCCUUCCCCCUGACUGUGUGUUUAGCUCAUGCAAACAGCUGUCUCAACCCAGUGCUCUACUGCCUGAUCCGAAAAGAGUACAGGGCAGGACUGAAGGAACUCCUGCUGAGAGUGUCUCGGUCAGUCCGAAAUGUUCUCAAUCCUGCUCUGAGAGGGAGGAGAGUGGAGGAAGCACCGAAUGGCCUGGUUUGAUACACAAAGACAUCUUCAUGUGAUUUACUCUACAUCUGGUUAACACAAUUAUUUGCGUUGAGAAGACUAAUACCAGCCUCCUGUUAGUAAGCUUAAUAUGAUGCAACAGCCAGCAACUGGAUAGCUUAGCUCAACAUAAAGACUGGAAACGGGAGAGAGCUAGCUUCCAAAGGCUCACUUACACAUUUUAUCUCAUUUGCUUAACCCUUACAAAAACGAAGCGAAAAGAAGACAAUCUGUCAAAUUACUGUUCAUUUAUACCUCUCUCUCUGUGAACUCAUGCCACAGCUAAAACGUAUGCACAUGAUUUUCAAAAGUAAGCAGAAAACCAAUUAGUGAAGAGUUCACAUAACUGUGAGAAAGCAGAAAUGCAGUCCAAAAGCCCGUUUCCUAGUUGAAAGCUAAACUAACGAGGUGACCAGUAAGCUUUAGAUGUGCUGGAUGGCCGACUUAAUGACUUUUUAACAGAAGCAGGCCAGCCAUUACAUCCUUUUUCGAUUCUUUGUUCUUAGCUCAAUCAAGUGCAUAGGCACAUUUCCCAAGAUGUCAAACUGUUCUGCGCCAAAUUGUCUUUGGUGCAAUUUUUUUAUGAUGUUCCUGUAUGACACUGUUGUGUCAAUAUUUCACAUUGCACAGAAACCUGUACAGCAAUGUUUGGGCUAAUUAUUUCAGUUUGACCAACUGAUCUCCUUGGUGACAUCUAUACUCUCUUACUUUGCAUCUCAGAGGAUGUAUGCCUCUUAAUUUUCUUGAGGAUUGAUGUGUUUAAUAUUUGUCUAAUUGUUGCUAUGUCAGUAAGGACACUACAGUUAAAGCAUGAAUCUUUCGUGUCUCUCUGCCUUGCCUUACCACCAUGAGUAAUUUUGUAACUGCACAUAUGUAAUGUGACAUUAAAUAAAAUGAGAGGACAAAAGAG